UUAAGGUUGAUGUGAUAGACAGCAUUGAAAUUAUAUCUCGAACCCGGGAACUCUAUGUAGAUGAUUCACCACUGGAACUGAUGGUGAGGGCAUUGGAUGCUGAAGGAAAUACUUUUAGUAGUUUGGCAGGGAUGAUGUUUGAGUGGAGCAUUGCCCAGGAAAAUGAAACAGCAAGAGAAGAACUGUCUAGCAAAAUUAGGAUUUUGAAAUACUCUGAAGCAGAAUAUUCUCCCCCUGUGUAUAUAGCUGAGAUGGAAAAGGAAGAGAAACAAGGAGAUAUGAUUUUGGUGUCUGGGAUUACAACUGGUGCUGCUGUUGUAAAAGUUCGAAUUUCUGAACCAUUCUAUAAGAAAGUGGCAGCAGCAUUGAUACGUCUGCUUGUUUUGGAGAAUGUAUUUCUUAUACCAUCCCAUGAUAUUUAUCUCUUAGUAGGAGCAUAUAUUAAAUAUCGAGUUGCAAAAAUGGUUCAGGGAAGAAUGACAGAGGUGAAAUUUCCCCUGGAACAUUAUACACUGGAAUUGCAAAACCACAGAGUUUCACGUAAUGUGUCUCUUUCUGGAAAAGUGGCUUUACUGGAUGAGAAGACAGCCAUGGUGACUGCUGUCCAACUGGGCCACGCUAACCUUGUCUUUAUCCAUAAAAAUGUCCAUAUGCGAUCUGUGUCUGGACUCCCAAAUUGCACCAUAUAUGUUGUAGAGCCUGGAUUUUUAGGUUUCACAGUCCAACCUGGAGACCGUUGGAGUCUAGAGGUGGGGCAGGUGUAUGUUAUUACAGUAGAAGUAUUUGAUAAAAGCAGCACAAAAGUCUAUAUUUCAGAUAAUCUCAGGAUUAUGUACCAAUUCCCAAGAGAGUAUUUUGAAGAGCAGCUGACUACUGUGAAUGGAUCUUACAAUGUAGUGAAAGCCCUGAAAGAUGGUGUGGUCAUGAUAAAUGCAUCCCUGACUUCCAUCAUUUACCAGAAUAAAAAUAUUCAGCCUAUAAAAUUUCCAAUUAUACAUCAGCAAGAAGUGAAGAUUUAUUUUCCCAUCAAGCUUACACCCAACUUUCUGGCAUUUCCUCAUCAUCCCAUGGGAAUGUUAUAUCGUUAUAAAGUACAGGUAGAGGGUGGCAGUGGCAACUUCACCUGGACCUCUUCUAAUGAAACAGUGGCCAUGGUAACCACUAAAGGAGUGGUGACGACAGCUGGCCAGGUCAGGGGGAACAGCACUGUUUUGGCCCGAGAUGUACAAAAUCCUUUUCGAUAUGGGGAAAUUAAGAUAUGUGUUCUGAAACUGAACAAAAUGAAAAUGUUACCAUUUCAUGCUGAUGUAGAGAUUGGCCAGAUUAUAGAAAUCCCCAUUGCCAUGUAUCAUGUAAAUAAGGAAACCAAAGAGGCCAUCGCGUUCACAGACUGUUCUCAUUUAUCUUUGGAUUUGAACAUGGAUAAGCAAGGAGUCUUCACUCUUCUCAAAGAAGGUAUUCAAAGACCAGGACCAACACACUGUUCCAGUGCACAUAUAGCAGCCAAAUCUCUGGGCCAUACUUUAGUAACAAUUAGUGUGACUGAAUAUGAAGAGUAUUUGGAGAGCAGUGCCACAUUUGCUGCUUAUGAACCCCUAAAGGCUCUAAACCCUGUGGAAGUGGCACUGGUGACAUGGCACUCUGUAAAGGAAAUGAUAUUUGAAGGGGGCCCUCGUCCAUGGAUCUUGGAGCCCUCACGAUUCUUUUUGGAGCUGAGCAUGGAGAAGACAGAGAAAAUUAGAAUAACACAAGUCCGGCUGCCAGCUAAGAGAAAACAGAAUCAGUACAUCUAUCGGGUCCUGUGCCUGGAUUUAGGGGAACAAAUUCUGACAUUCCAAAUUGGAAAUCAUCCAGGUGUCCUGAACCCUAGUCCAGCUGUAGAAGUUGUGCAGGUACGCUUCAUAUGUGCCCACCCUGCCAGCAUGUCAGUAACUCCAGUAUAUAAGGUGCCAGCUGGUGCCCAGCCAUGUCCUAUGCCACAGCAUAACAAACAACUGAUUCCUGUAUCAAGCCUGAGAGACACAGUCCUGGAACUGGUAGUGUUUGAUCAACACAGGAGAAAGUUUGAUAAUUUCAGUUCACUGAUGCUAGAAUGGAAAUCCUCAAAUGAAACACUAGCUCAUUUUGAGAAUUACAAUUCAGUAGAGAUGGUAGCAAAGGAUGACGGCAGCGGGCAGACCCGGCUACAUGGUCAAAGGAUCCUUAAAGUACAUCAGAUAAAAGGGACUGUACUCAUUGGAGUCAAUUUUGUGGGCUAUUCAGAGAAGGAAAGUCCAAAGGAACUUUCCAACUUGCCCAGAUCUGCAGCUGUAGAGCUGCUCCUGGUAGAAGAUGUAACAGUAUCGCCUGAGAACGCUACCAUCUAUAACCACCCUGAUGUGAAGGAAAUAUUUAGCCUUGUGGAAGGAUCUGGUUAUUUUUUAGUCAACAGUAGUGAGCAAGACAUUGCCACCAUCACUUACCUGGAAGCAGAAAGCUCUGUCCAGUUAGUUCCAGUACAUCCAGGAUUUCUCAGCUUGGAGGUCUAUGACCUGUGUUUGGCUUUCUUGGGUCCAGCAAUGGCUCACCUCAGGGUGUCAGACAUGCAAGAGCUGGAGCUUGAUCUGAUUGAUAAGGUUGAAAUAGGUAAAACUGUGUUAGUAACUGUGAGGGUUCUUGGCUCUUCCAAACGCCCAUUCCAAAAUAAAUACUUCAGGAACAUGGAGCUCAAACUGCAGUUGGCUUCUGCCAUUGUCACCCUGACGCUAAUUGAGCAACAGGACGAAUACUCUGAAAAUUAUAUCCUUCGAGCUAUCACUAUUGGGCAAACCACACUUGUAGCUAUUGCCAGGGACAAGAUGGGGAGAAAAUUCACGUCAGCUCCUCGGCAAAUUGAAGUGUUUCCUCCAUUCAGACUUGUUCCAGAGAAAAUGACACUGAUUCCAACUAAUAUGAUGCAGGAUGAAGUGCAGAUUGAAGUUGUGCAGCUAAGGGCUGUUAGGAUCCUUGCAGCUGCAACUCGGCUCAUCACAGCUACUGAGGUCAGUAUGGCUCUGUUCCAGGUUCAUUAUUUUGAUAAUGCCAGCUGGACAGGAUGUAUAGCACAAACCACUCUUCAUUUUCAGAUGCCAGUUUAUGUCAUGGGAGUGACCAGUACCCAGACCCCUUUCUCCUUCAGCAAUGCCAACCCUGGGCUCACAUUCCAUUGGUCCAUGAGCAAAAGGGAUGUAUUGGAUCUAGUGCCCAGGCAUUCAGAGGUUUUUCUACAACUCCCAGUAGAGAAUAACUUUGCCAUGGUUGUCCACACAAAAGCAGCUGGUCGGACCAGUAUCAAAGUCACUGUCCGCUGUAUGAACAGUUCCUCUGGGCAGUUUGAGGGGAAUUUGUUGGAACUGUCUGAUGAAGUUCAGAUCCUGGUGUUUGAAAAACUCCAACUUUUCUACCCAGAGUGCCAACCUGAACAAAUUCUGAUGUCCAUGAAUUCUCAGCUCAAACUCCAUACCAACAGGGUAGGGGCCGCCUUUGUGAGUUCCCGUGUUCUCAAGUGUUUCCCUAAUUCAUCUGUCAUUGAGGAGGACGGUGAAGGGCUCCUGAAAGCUGGUUCCAUUGCAGGUACUGCUGUGUUGGAAGUCACUUCUAUAGAACCUUUUGGAGUCAAUCAAACAACUAUAACUGGGGUUCAGGUAGCACCAGUGACAUACCUGCGAAUGAGCAGCCACCCCAAGCUAUACACAGCUCAAGGAAGGACCCUAUCAGCCUUUCCCUUGGGCAUGUCUCUCACCUUCAUUGUUCAGUUUUACAAUAGCAUCGGAGAGAAAUUCCACACACACAAUACCCAGCUUUCUCUGGCUUUGAACAGAGAUGACCUGCUGCUUAUUGGACCAGGGAAUAGGAACUAUACUUACAUGGCUCAGGCUGUGAACAGAGGGGUGACACUUGUGAGGCUCUGGGACCAGAGACAUCCAGGCAUGGCAGACUAUAUUCCUGUUUCUGUAGAGCACGCCAUCGAGCCAGACACCAAGCUUACCUUUGUCGGAGAUGUCGUCUGCUUCAGUACUCACCUCCUCAACCAGAAUGGUGAACCCGGGAUGUGGAUGAUUUCUGCUGAUGACAGUAUUCUACAAACAGACAUUGUCACUGGGGUAGGAGUGGCCAGGAGUCCAGGAAUAGCAACAAUUUUUCAUGACAUUCCAGGACUAGUGAAAACAUAUCGAGAGGUGGUGGUCCAUGCAUCAUCAAGAUUAACACUCAGUUAUGACCUUAAGACUUCUCUCACCAAUACCCUCAAUUCAACUGUGUUCAAGCUCUUUAUCACCACUGGCAGAAAUGGUGUCAAUCUUAAAGGAUCCUGCACCCCAAGUCAGGCCUUGGCCAUUACAACAACACUUCUUCCAGAGACCCUCAUGCUGUGCCAUGUACAGUUCAGUAAUAAUUUACUAGACAUUCCAGCAAGUAAAGUCUUUCAUGUCCAUUCAGAUUUCAGCAUGGAGAAAGGGGUUUAUGUCUGCCUAAUCAAGGUUCGACCCCAAUCAGAGGAGCUACUCCAGGCCCUCAGCACGGCUGACACCUCAGUCUAUGGUUGGGCCUCACUUGUCAGUGAGCGUAGCAAGAAUGGAAUGCAAAGAAUCCUCAUUCCUUUCAUCCCAGCCUUUUACAUCGAUCAAUCAGAAUUGGUUCUUAGCCACAAAAACGAAGUUGGGGAAAUAAGAGUACUGGGAGUGGACAGAGUUCUUGAGAAACUAGAGGUAUGUUAAGGACU